GCGAUGAUGAUGCAUCGGUUGGGAUGGUCGUCGCCGAGGAGGCUCCUGCCAUGGGCUGCGUGGGACACAGCGAGGUACCUGUCGACGGCACCAAAACGCUUGUCAUGGGACACGACGUUGGCGGCGUUGAAAGCGUUCAGCGAGCAACAUGGACAUGUCCAAGUGCCCCAGGCGUUCGUCGUCGACGCAGAUCACAGCAAUGUGUGGCCUGCAGAAACAAAGGGGGUCAAGUUGGGUCGAAUCGUGAAUCGGUUGCGCAUCGCGUGGAAGAAGAAUGCGCUGACGGAGGCACAGCAGAUGGACUUGACCGCGCUAGGGUUCGACCGCGGCGUGCGGAUGACAUGGAACGACAAGCUCGCCGCGCUCAAGCGCUACCGCGACUUGCAUGGCCACACGAACGUUCCGACAUCGUUUGAAGUUCCGACGAACGACCCGCAAUGGCCGGCCCCUUUCGCCGGUCUGGCCCUUGGCAGUGCCGUCAAGGGCUUGCGCUUCCACCAAGCCGCCCUCCCAACCUCUCGGCGGCGUGCAUUAGACGAGUUAGGGUUUGUCUGGUCGGCAUGGGACCAGUCGUGGCAGAAACGAGUGCUCGCGUUGAAAACAUACCGAGAUUUGUAUGGCAACUUGGACGUUUCUCCUGAUUUCAAUGUCCCAGUGGACGACAACCGAUGGCCUCGGGAAGUGUGGGGCAUGAAGCUGCACGACGCCGUGCGCAACAUCCGAAGUCGGUCGCAUCGGCUCAACUUUGAGCAGCUCGACGAGCUUGAAAGCCUCGGGUUUCUGUGGGACAAAGUGGGGCAAACGUUUGCAUGCCGCGCCGACGCGUGGAAAGUGUACCGUACCGUGUACAAGUCCAAGGACGUGCCGGCAGAGUUUGUCGUGCCGACCAAUCACAAGGUUUGGCCCAUACGGAUGUGGGGUUUGCCCCUCGGCCGCGUCGUGCACUCGAUCCGGUCGAAACCGUCGAGGCUGACGCUGCAACAACUGGCGUACUUGCAUAACCUGGGCUUGUUGCCAAAGGACCUGAUCAAUGUCAUUGGGUAAUGAAUGCAUAUUCAACCCUAAAUCGGCACACAAUCGACCAAUUAAAACACAAAUCACGUGGCCAAUCAAAUCCACUCUUCGACCAAUCCAACA